AUGGCUAGUCUCGCCGUUCCCCAACAUGCAUACCUCACUUCCGAGCUCUGGAUCGUUGAAUCUAAACCAAUGAGAAAGACACGCAUCUCAUGUGGUAAAUAUAUCGAACGCCAGGUCGUUCGUGCAUGGAAGCGCGUUACUGGUGUUACUCGGAAACAUCAGCGUGCUUCUUUCCUUCCCAAGGAUUUCAUCCUUGUCACUUCUCACCGCCGCAGCGUGAGGUUGGCUUGAAUAGUUCCGAGAGGAGGCAGCUGUGUUGUCACAACCAUUCACAGGCGGCGCACACAUGGACAGCAGAGAGAUCGGGCUUCUGAAUCGCACACAUUCAUUUUUCUAUCUGGGACAUUAUAUCAUUAUUUGACGUGGAAAUAUAGUAUUCACCGCCCACUCUAGGUCGUAUCACUUUUAACAAUACUUAUGCUACAUUUUUUAAAAUAAUUAAUCCAUUAUAUCCAUUGAAUAGACAGAGAAGCUACAGUUUCGAACCC